AUGGCGGUUGUUCAGUUCGACGACGAAGAUUUGGCGGCCGGGCUUGCGCGAGGGGAGCUUUCCCUGAUCGGCCGUCUGAUUGGCUCGCCACCGCCGCUCUAUGCUCUGCGGAUGAUGCUGGGUCGAGUGUGGAGGUACAAAGGGGAUCUCACAAUCUCCGCCGUCGAGGAGGGGUUAACUCAAUUCCUCUUUUCGCAGAAGACUGACCUGCACAAGGCGGUUACCAAAUCCCCCUGGAUAUUCGACAAUUUCAUGGUGGUGCUGGCACGGUGGGAGGACCCAACCCCAGCGGUGGCUGACCGUUUACGCUGGGCUCCGAUGGCGUUGCAGAUCCGGAAGGUCCCUUUCGGAUGUUUCACUGAGAAAAUCGCCUGGCGGUUGGGCUCCUCGCUUGGGGAACUUCAUGAUCCCCCCACGCUUCAUCGGUCGGAUGUUUCGGGUGGGCUGUAUGUUCGAGCGGUUCCUGUCCUGGACCUCACGGCUCCGCUGCCAGAUACCAUUACUGCUGGGCAUGUCGAUCAGUCUCGAGGUAAUUUUGUCGCUUCGAUUAAAAUGGAAAAGGUGCCUCACUUUUGUUUCCUGUGUGGUGUCAUUGGACAUAUUGGUGAGAACUGCCCAAGGAAGGAGGCGUUCGUCGGUGUUACCCCAAAGUAUGGAGUGUUCUCCGUUGCCACCGAAUCAGGGUCACCUGUGACAGAGGACACUCUCUCAAAGCGAAGCCGGCGGUUUACUUGGAUCAGAGCAGCCAAGCAUCGCCCAGAGUCAGCAAGGACAAGAGGCACGUUCAAGGAACCUCCUCAGCGGUCAGUUCCAUCCCCGAUGCUGUUGACCCAGGAGGAAGGUGCUACUGAGGAAUGGCGGGAUACUCGGCGGCCCUCUCCACGUCGGAUGGGGGCGAAUUUCCAUUCUCUUGCCAUCUCUCCGUGGAAUCCAGGUCAUAGUGAGACUUCAUCAGCACAAUUUCCAGAAGGCAAUACUAGUUCAGAUGGGACUGUUCCCAACUCGUCAUCCCCAGCGGCCAAAAGAGCUCGGUCUGGGUCGGCGGCGGCAGAUUCUUCUACACUUGACAAGGCGGUGGCAUCCAGUCGGGAUUGGGCCCAACCCCUCCCAUGA